GUGUGUGUGUGUGUGUGUGUGAAGGGGGUUUGGUUUAGAGGGUCUGGAGCUCUCUGCUUCAGAGGAGUGGCUCCAGAAUACCGCAGUAAAGUUUGAGGCAUCAGUUCUGCUCCUUCACUCCACUGUAAACAUCCUGAGCAGCACAACAUGAUGUGGAUUUACAUCUGAUUUACAGGCUCCCUCUGAGGACAUGUAGGAUCGCGGAGAACACUCUUUCAGCCCUGAAUACUGCUCGCAGACGCUUCUGACUGAGGUGAGGGGGUGUUAGUGAUGGAGCUGGAGAAUCGCGGUGGGCUCCACAUGGGGUCAAAGGUCAACAAACUCACCUUGGGUUUCCAGCGCAGCUCCACGUCAGAUGAUGACUCCGGCUGCGCUCUGGAGGAGUACGCCUGGGUGCCGCCCGGACUCAGACCAGAGCAGGUCGCGCUGUAUUUCUCAUGUCUCCCGGAGGAUAAAGUCCCGUAUGUGAACAGCCCCGGAGAGAAACAGCGCAUUAAACAGCUCCUGUACCAGCUGCCUCCUCACGAUAAUGAAGUGCGGUACUGCCAGUCUCUGAGCGAAGAGGAGAAGAAGGAGCUGCACAUGUUCAGCAUACAGAGAAAGAAAGAGGCGCUGGGACGAGGAACGCUCAAAAUACUGCCCCGCACCGUACAUCAUGCAGCGUGUGAACAUUGUGGAGAGCGUCUCGGCGGGGGGGAGAUGGCGGUGUGUGUGUCGCGGGCGGCAGCAGCAGGUCAGUGUUGGCAUCCGGCCUGCUUCACCUGCUCCACCUGCUCGGAGCUCCUGGUGGAUCUCAUUUACUUCUAUCAUGAUGGGAAAGUGCACUGCGGCCGACACCACGCUGAGCUCCUGAAGCCCCGCUGCUCCUCCUGUGAUGAGAUUAUAUUUGCGGAUGAAUGCACAGAAGCAGAAGGCCGGCACUGGCACAUGAAGCACUUCUCCUGCAGUGAGUGUGAGGUUAUUCUGGGUGGCCAGCGCUACAUCAUGAAGGACGGACGGCCGUUCUGCUGCGGGUGCUUCCAGUCGCUGUAUGCCGAGUACUGCCAGGCCUGCGCACAGCACAUCGGUGUGGAUCAUGCCCAGAUGACGUAUGACGGCCUUCACUGGCACGCCACAGAUGCUUGUUUCAGCUGCGCUCAGUGUAAAAGCUCCCUGCUGGGCUGUCCGUUUCUACCCAGACAGGGCAGAAUCUACUGCUCCAAAGCCUGCAGUUUGGGAGAAGAUGUGCAGGCUUCAGACUCCUCCGAUUCUGCCUUCCAGUCCGCCAGGUCCCGCGAGUCCCGCCGCAGUGUGAAGAUGGGAAAAAGCAGUCGUUCCGCAGACCAGUGCCGACAGUCGCUUUUAUUUUCACCCGCAAGCAACUAUAAGUUCCCGGGACUCUCCGGAAACGCUGAUGACACCCUGUCCAAACGGCUAUCACAGCUAAACUUUGCUGAUAAUCACUUCUGGAGGAAUAGAGAGGAUCAGGAGGCUCCGGAAGACCACGAGGAAUGGGCCGAACAUGACGACUACAUGACACAACUCCUGCUCAAAUUUGGCGAGCACGGGAUGUUUCAGGACACCAGGACUGAUCUAUCAAUCUGGACGGAUUCUGAGCUCAAGAAUAAGACCGGCAGUGGUGGGAACAGCAGUCUGGCAAGUAAGAAAUACAAGGCAGACAUGUACUGGACUCAGUCCCAGGAUGGGCUAGGAGACUCUGCGUACGGGAGCCACCCCGGUCCCGCCAGCAGCAGAAAGCUCCAGGAUCUGGACCUGGAGCAUGGAGCGAGCUUUAAACAUGAAGACAAUAAGCAGUGGUUUAAUGACUCGCUAGAAUGCAUCACUGAUCAACUUAAAGAAGCUGAUCUGAACAUCAGAGACUCCAUGGACUCUUUAGCGCUCUCCAACAUCACAGGUGCUUCAGUUGAUGGCGAUAUUAAAGACAAGCCCUUGCUCUUCUCCCUACAAAAGUUCUCUGAUCUGGAUCGCUGUGAGAACACGAGUAACAUGGGAACGCUGAACUCCUCGAUGAAGAGCCUGACGUCUGAUCUGGACCGAACUCAAGUGAUAGAGGAACAGCAGGAGCAGGGCGUACCGAGCCCUGAGGUACACCCCAAACCACCGCGCUUACCUGUGCUGAGAAGAUCAAAGUCCCAGUCCAAAACACAGCAGGUGAAGUUCUCUGAUGAUGUCAUAGAUAACGGGAGAUACGAUGAGCUGAAGGUUCGACAGCCGCCAAUGAGCGAACGAACUCGUAGACGAGCAUUUCAGUUUGACGAACAAGAUCAUCAGCGGCCGCGGCAUCACCACAGAAGAAGAAGAAGCCGCAUGUCUCGGUCGGAUAACGCACUUCAUUUGGCACCAAAAGAAGAAAAGCCUCGGGUUUGCUUUAAAGAUGAUCGUCGGAAGCAUGGAUUGGGUCAUAAUGGCGCUCAGUAUGGCGACGGUUUGCGUACGGAGAGAUUUACACGUCUUUAUGAAGACGAUUGGUGCUCCACGUGCUCUUCCUCAUCGUCAGAAUCAGAAGAGGAAGGGUUUUUUUUGGGUCAGCCGAUUCCUCAACCUAGACAACCUCGGUACCAGUAUUACGCUUCAGAUGAAGCUGCUUUCGGCACAAGGACAAAGUCCAAACAGAAGAGAGGACGGAAAGGCAAAAACUGUAUUAUUUCAUAAGACAAAAUAAAGCUGAGUGAUGUUUGAUUCAGUUGAUCUGCAUCUGAAUGGCAAAGCUUUUAUUUUGAAAUAAUGUUUUGAGAGCGAGCGCAUUGUGUCAUAAUCUGAAGGCCACGCCCACUUUGAGAGAGGGGGGGGGCAAUCUAACACAGUCAAUUGACUUUGUAUUGAUGUGAACAGUAAAAUAAUCAGUAUUACAUUUUUAUUAGCUUUCAACCCCCAAAAAUUAGCAUAAUAUUGACACAAAAGUCGGG